GCACGCUGCUUUUGUCGCCAUCUUGGUCCGUGCGCAGAGGUGACCGUAGCUCCCAGCCCCACCGGGGUCCCGGCCUGACGCCACCAUGGGCAAGAAGAGCAAAGUAGGCAAGAGUCGGCGGGACAAGUUCUACCACCUGGCCAAGGAGACGGGCUUUCGCUCCCGCUCCUCCUUCAAACUUCUCCAGCUCAAUAGGAAGUUCCAAUUCUUGCAAAAGGCCCGGGCACUGCUGGACCUAUGUGCAGCCCCUGGUGGGUGGUUACAGGUGGCUUCCAAAUUCAUGCCUGUUUCCAGCUUGAUCAUUGGGGUGGACUUGGUCCCUAUCAAACCCAUUCCCAACGUGGUGACGCUGCAGGAGGACAUCACCACUGAGAAGUGUCGCCAGGCCCUGCGCAAGGAGCUGCAGACAUGGAAGGUGGACGUGGUGCUGAAUGAUGGAGCACCCAACGUGGGGGCCAGCUGGGUGCACGACGCUUACUCCCAAGCCAACCUGACUCUUAUGGCCCUGAAACUCGCCUGCGAAUUUCUCUGCAAAGGCGGCUGGUUCAUCACCAAGGUUUUUCGCUCCCGGGACUACCAGCCUCUCCUCUGGAUCUUCCAGCAGUUCUUCCGCAAGGUCCAAGCCACCAAGCCCCAAGCCUCCCGCAAUGAGUCCGCUGAGAUCUUCGUGGUGUGCCAGGGUGAGCAGCUGAGGAUACUUGCAGCUGUUGGCAGCUUGGUGCACUGGGAUAGGGCAGGGAGAAACCUGCUAAAUACCCACUUACCAAAUCACAUUCCAGAUAAAAUUGACAGCAAGUUCUUUGACCCGAAAUAUGCCUUCAAGGAGGUGGAGGUUCAGACCAAGUCCGUGAGUGAGCUGCUGAGCAAGAAGAAACCAAAGGCAGAAGGUUAUGCAGAUGGUGACACGACUCUGUACCGUCGCUUCACCCUGAUGGACUUCCUCAAGGCUCCCAACCCCGUGGACUUUCUCUCCAAGGCCAAUGAGAUCACGCUAGGGGAUGGUGAGCUGGAGAAUCACAGUGCCACCACGGAGGAGCUGCGUCAGUGCUGCAAGGACAUCCGCGUGCUGGGACGCAAGGAGCUCAGGGCUCUGCUGAACUGGAGGACAAAGCUGCGACGUUUCCUCGCCAAAAAGCUGAAAGAGCAGGCGAAGGAGCUGGAUAUCAGCCUGAGCUCCGGCGAAGAAGAGGAAGGCCAGGAGGAGGAAAAGAAGAUGUCCCCAAGAGCCACGGCUGAUGAGGUGGCGGAAGAGGAGGAGGUAGAGCUGGCAUUGGCAGAGAUGAAGGCCAAGGAGCUGGCAGAGUUAAAGAGGAAGAAGAAGAAGAUCCUGAAGGAGCAGCGGAAGCAGCGUGAGCGCGUGGAGUUGAAGAUGGACCUCCCCGGUGUCUCCAUUGCCGACGAGAGCGACACUAGCAUGUUCUCCCUCCAGACUAUCCACAGGACCCAGCUGCUGAAUGAGGUGGCCCGGGGGGACAUGGCAUCAGCAGACGCCCUCCUGGAGAUGGGGCCUGGGGACGAUGAUAUUUGUCUCUCAGAUCGGGACGAAGCAGAUGAUGUAUCCCUGGCCAGCGAUCUGGACCCAGAGGAGCUGGUUGAGAUAGAGGCACAUCAGCGCCAGCUGGAGAAGGAAAGGCGAGAACAGGGUGCAAAGAGGGUGACCUUCGAGGAGAAAGAGGAGGAAGAGGAAAAUCCCCUGCUGGUGCCCCUGGAGGAGAAGUCAGUGCUGGAGGAACGGCAGACUAGUUUGUGGUUUGGGAAGGAUGCUUUUGCUGGCAUCGAGGACAAUGCAGAUGAGGACCUGGAACUGGGGCAGUCACAGAUGCUGGCUGAGAGACAGCGGAAGUCUCGGACAGACAAGGUGAAUGGGAAAGGGCAGAAGAAGGUUCCCCAGGAGGGAGCUGUGACCAAGCCCGAGACCGCAGUGGACACGAGACUGGACGCUGGUGAAGCACAGGGUGAGGAGAGCAGUGACGAUGACAGCAGCAGUGAUGAGGAGAGGCCGCCAACACCAGUGGGGAAGAAGCGAGCCCGAGCUGACUCAGGUGGCUUCGAGGUGGUGCCCAUUGAGGACCCAGUGAGGAGAGCUCGCGUCCUGGACGCAGAGGGCCUGGCGCUCGGCUCAGUCAUCGCCACCUCUAAAAAGGCCAGGCGGGAUUUGAUCGAUGACUCCUUCAACAGAUAUUCCUUCAAUGAGGAUGAGGGGGAACUGCCUGAGUGGUUCACAGAGGAGGAGAAGCAGCACCGACGCAAACAGAUACCCCUAGACCGGCAGACAGUAGAGGAGUAUCGGCAGCGCUGGCGCCAAAUCAAUGCCCGUCCCAUCAAGAAGGUGGCAGAGGCCAAGGCCCGCAAGAAGCGGAGGAUGUUGAAGAAGAUGGAGCAAAUGAAGAAAAAAGCAGAGGCCGUGGUGAGCACGGUGGAUAUCUCAGAGCGAGAGAAAGUGGCCCAGCUGCGACGCAUUUACAAGAAGGCUGGGCUGGGCAAGGAGAAACGGCAGGUCACAUACUUGGUGGCCAAGAAGGGCGUAGGACCCCGGGUGCGCCGGCCUCCUGGGGUCAAGGGCCAGUUCAAGGUUGUCGACAGCCGCUUGAAGAAGGAUGUGAGGGCUCAGAAACGCAAAGACCAGAAGAAAAAGCGCCGUAAGUGAUGUGGGACAGACUCUGUCCCUGGCACGGGACUUGGCUAGGGGUACUGGGCAGGGCUGGCUCCUGCCCUCCCUCCACCGGACACUGAUCCAACCACAGCCCCUGAAGCAGCCUGUCUCACCCUGCUGUUCUCUCUGGGGAUGGGGCAGUGAGCUAGCAACACGCUCCUGUUCCUCAGUGCCUUGACUUGACGUUGCCUCCUGUCCUCGGUAGUGCUGACAGACAGGGUAGGUUAAUUUGGCCUCAGUUCUGUGGCAUCAGCCCCCUUCAGGUGCUUGCUGGAUGGCAGCAUCUCCUGGUCCCCCACAGUCGUGCUACCUCCCCAGCUUGGCCACAUUGCUGGAAGACUCUUGGGCUGCAGAGAUGGAGUGAGCGCCCACGCCAGCCCUCGCUGUCCCAGGAGGGGUCUUGGCUCUGAGCAGUUAGCUCCUGGGGCUGUAUUUAUCACCCAAGUCCUGGUGACAGGCAGGUCCCCAGAGCCACUCCAUACACCCAGGACUGUGUAGGGCUGUUGGUGCUGAGCUCUGAGGCAGACAGGUGUCAGUUCCCGCAGUCUACUUUGCACAGAACUGGUCUUCAUUUGCAACAGAAUUAAAAUUUGGUCUGAGGAUGCUC